GGCGGCGCGAGCCCGGCCCAGCCUCGUCCCGCCCGCCCGGCCAGGCCCUCCCGGGGCAGCGGCGCCGCCGGCCGAGCUCAGGCCCGGCCAUGACCGACUUCAAGCUGGGCAUCGUGCGGCUCGGCCGGGUGGCCGGGAAGGAGCCGCCGCCUGCAGCUGCAGCAGCCCGGACCUCACCCCGCAUGGGAACCCUGUUCCCAUCCCCAGCGGCGGAGGCGGCCGGACCAGACCAAGUACACGCUGAUCGAUGAGCAGGACAUCCCACUGGUGGAGGGCUACUCCUUUGAGGCCCGGAUGGAAGUGGAUGCGGAUGGCAAUGGUGCUAAGAUAUUUGCUUAUGCCUUUGACAAGAACCGUGGCCGGGGCUCAGGCAGGCUCCUGCACGAGCUGCUGUGGGAGCGGCACCGGGGUGGCGUGGCACCCGGCUUCCAGGUAGUGCACCUCAAUGGCGUGACCGUGGACAAUCGUCUGGACAACCUGCAGCUGGUGCCAUGGGGCUGGAGGCCCAAAGCCGAGGAGACAUCCAGCAAGCAGAGGGAGCAGAGCUUAUACUGGCUCGCGAUUCAGCAGCUUCCCACAGACCCCAUUGAAGAGCAGUUCCCAGUCCUGAAUGUGACCCGCUACUACAAUGCCAAUGGGGAUGUGGUAGAGGAGGAAGAGAGCUCCUGCACCUACUACGAGUGCCACUACCCACCCUGCACUAUGAUGGAGAAGCAGCUCCGGGAGUUCAACAUCUGCGGGCGCUGCCAGGUGGCCAGGUACUGCGGCUCCCAGUGCCAGCAGAAGGACUGGCCUGCCCACAAGAGGCAUUGCCGGGAGAGGAAGCGCCCGUGCCUGCAGGAGGCAGAGCCCGAACGAUGACCAGAGCGAGCCCCACGCAUCACACCCCUGCCCGUGGCUCUCCAUCCACCUCAAGCGCUGAGGGAGUACCUGGUGGCCAAGGCUGGCCAUGCCCAAGAAGUCCGCAGUGUGCCCGAGCAGCUCUUGGCCCUUGUGGGGGACAGCAUCCCCCAGGACUCUGCAGCAGAGACAGUGGGAGACUCCUGCUGGGAUGGUCCUCAUUAUUUAUAUGUUAAUAUGUUUGUAAACUCA